AUGGCAGCAGGAGGCAGACAGCUCUCGCCUACACCAGAAGCUGCCCUGCACACGCACUGUGGUGACGUGCUUAAGAUGGCUUCCCUCUGUGGCAUCACAGAUGCCAAAGAACUGGACAGCUCACCAGGACUCAAGUACGCACGCACUCAAUGCUCUCUGCAGGCCCAGACCCAGAAAGGCUGGCAUCUGCCCCAGACAGCAGACCUGAGGAACGGCAGCACAGUGACUGAGUUCAUCCUCGUGGGCUUUGAGCACAGCUCCCCUUCCACCCGGGCACUGCUCUUCACCCUCUUCCUGGCUCUCUACAGCCUCGCCAUGGCCAUGAACGGCCUCAUCAUCCUCAUCACAUGGACUGACCCCAAGCUCAACAGCCCCAUGUACUUCUUCCUCGGACACCUGUCUUUCCUGGACAUCUGCUUCAUCACCACCACCAUCCCACAGAUGUUGGUCCACCUGGUGACCAAGAACCACACGGUCUCCUUUGUCUCUUGCAUGACCCAGAUGUACUUGGUCUUUCUAGUGGGUGUGGCCGAGUGCAUCCUCUUGGCUUUCAUGGCCUAUGACCGUUACGUUGCCAUCUGCCACCCCCUGAACUAUGCCCAGAUCAUGAGCCACAAGGUGUGUAUCAGGCUGGUGUGUUCUUCCUGGGUCUUUGGGAUGGUCAAUGGCAUCCUUCUUGAGUACAUGUCUUUCAGGAAUCCCUUCUGCAAAGACAACCACAUAGAAAACUUCUUCUGUGAGGCUCCCAUAGUGAUCGCCCUCUCCUGUGGGGACCCCGAGUUCAGCAUGAAGUUGAUCUUUGUUGAUGCCAUUGUGGUGUUGCUCAGUCCCAUGGUGCUCAUCGUCACCUCCUAUGCCCGAAUCCUGGCCUCCAUCCUCCGCAGGGCCUCCUCCUCCUCAGGUAGGGGGAAGACAUUCUCCACUUGUGCCUCCCACCUAACCGUGGUUGUCUUUUUCUACACCUCAGCCAUGUUCUCUUACAUGAAUCCCCGCAGUACACAUGGACCUGACAAAGACAAGCCUUUCUCCCUCCUCUACACCAUCAUCACCCCCAUGUGCAACCCAGUCAUCUACAGCUUCCGCAACAAGGAAAUGAAGGGGGCCAUGGGGAGGGCUCUUGGGAGAGUCAACCUGGCUCAGGCAGAGUCUGUCUAGAAAAAAGCUUCACAGGGAAGAAGUUCCCUCCACUGGAUCGUGAAGAGUUAACUCCUUCCUGACCUCGUCAUUUCUGCCAGAGUCCAGGAAUGAGCAUUCAUUGACACCAUAGCAUUAGACUCAAGAUGACAUUUCUUUUGUGUCUGUGGUAAUUUACAUAUGCUUGGCCCAUGGGAAGUGGCACUCUUUAGAGGUGUGGCCUUGUUGGAGAAAGUGUGUUACUGUGUGGGCAGGCUUUGUGGUCUCCUAGUACUUAAGCUCUAUCCUGUGUGGAAGAGAGUCCCAUCCUGGCUGCCUACUUCUCCUGGAUGCCUUCAGAUCAACAGGAACUCUCAGGUCCCCAGCACCAUGUCUGCAUGCACACUGCCUUGCUUCCUGCCAUGAUGGUAAUGGACUGAAGCUCUGAAGUGUAAGCCAACCUCAAUUAAAUGGUGUCCGUAUAAGAGUUGCCUUAGUCAUGGUGUCUCUUUAUGGCAAUAGAAACCCUAACUAAGGUGGUGUCCAUAUCUUGUGUCUCUAGUUGGCUUUCAGCACAAACAAAUCUUCUCUGACUAUCGUUGUUGUGGAGAGCGGGAUUCUCUUCAACAGAGAGACAAGCUCAGGAGGCCGUUCAGCAAAACAUAACUUGGUAGUCAAUGUUGGUUCAAUCUUGAUGUCUGACCCAAAUUGCUAUUUAGGCGUAUGUAAACAUGGUACAAUCUGGUGAAAACUAUACUUCUGAGGAGUAAGACCCAACCCUGUGAGCAAAACAGAGCCCACAUAAAUCUCUCUGCGGAACCAAGUUGGCUAAAUACAGAUCAGACGUGACUGCAUCAAAACUCUUUGUAAGGUACAUGUGACAGCUUCCAUAAAGAUAGGUUCUAAAGACUGACUGAGAAAAAUGAGUUUACUAGAAGGGUCAGAGGGAGGGUCCUGGGCCAGAACAUCCCUGGACACACAGAUGGCACAAAGAUCACCAGGUUAGAGAGCAGGUCCACUUUAGCCAUCUGGUAGGAAAACAUGUGUUGGGUUCCUUCCGUUGAAGGAAUAACCCCAUGUGCUUAACAUCCCGGGUUCCCCUACUGCAUGUCUGUGAGCAUAAAGACCUCUGUGUCCCCAACACCUUAGUAACACACUUUUAUUCUUGUACAGAAGUGCAAUGCACAGAACUGAUUUCAUGAAUUGAGGUAAA